CCUAGAGUGCCCCGCGGUCCCCAAGACACCCUCCGGCUGUCUCCGCGGUGGCGACGGCCUGCGCCGACUGUGUGCCGUGCGCAGGCGCAGAGUCUAGACCUCGCUGCAGCCCGGGUCGCCUCGGCGAGUCGCACUCACUGAGUCCGCCCGUGGGCGCGUCAGUGCUCUCGGGUCCGCCUUCCCCAGUCCCCCCGAGCCCUAAGCGCCCCAAUGGCGGAGCUGCGGCCUAGCUGCGCCCCCGGCCCUGCCGCACCCCCGGCCCCUGGCCCCAAUGCCCCCCCGGCCUUCGCUUCGCUCUUCCCCCCGGGACUGCACGCCAUCUACGGGGAGUGCCGCCGCCUCUACCCGGACCAGCCUAACCCGCUCCAGGUCACCGCGAUCGUCAAGUACUGGUUGGGCGGCCCAGACCCCUUGGACUAUGUUAGCAUGUACAGGAAUGUGGGGAGUCCUUCUACCAACAUCCCUGAGCACUGGCACUACAUCAGCUUUGGCCUGAGUGAUCUCUAUGGUGACAGCAGAGUCCACGAAUUUACAGGGACAGACGGACCUAGUGGUUUUGGUUUUGAGUUGACAUUUCGUCUGAAGAGAGAAACAGGGGAGUCUGCCCCCCCCACGUGGCCUGCAGAGCUGAUGCAGGGCUUGGCCAGAUAUGUGUUCCAGUCAGAGAACACAUUCUGCAGUGGGGAUCAUGUGUCUUGGCAUAGCCCUUUGGACAACAGCGAGUCAAGAAUUCAGCACAUGCUGCUGACAGAGGACCCACAGAUGCAGCCUGUGCAGACACCCUUUGGGGUUGUUACCUUCCUCCAGAUUGUUGGAGUCUGCACUGAGGAGCUUCACGCAGCCCAGCAGUGGAAUGGGCAGGGAAUCCUGGAGCUGCUGCGGACAGUGCCUGUCGCUGGCGGCCCCUGGCUGAUAACUGACAUGCGGAGGGGAGAGACCAUAUUUGAGAUCGAUCCACAUCUGCAACAGGAGAGAGUUGACAAAGGCAUUGAGACGGAUGGCUCCAACCUGAGUGGUGUCAGUGCCAAGUGUGCCUGGGAUGACCUGAGCCGGCCCCCUGAGGAUGAUGAGGAUAGCCGGAGCAUCUGCAUCGGCACCCAGCCCCGGCGUCUCUCUGGCAAAGAUACAGAGCAGAUCCGGGAGACCCUGAGGAGAGGACUUGAGAUCAACAGCAAACCUGUCCUUCCACCAAUCAACCCUCAGCGACAGAACAGCCUAAACCUCGACCGGGCCCCAAGCCGCAAAGACAGUCUGGAGAGUGAGGGCUCCACGGCCAUCAUCCCGCAUGAGCUGAUCCGCACGCGGCAGCUGGAGAGCGUGCACCUGAAAUUCAACCAGGAAUCUGGAGCCCUCAUCCCACUCUGCCUACGGGGCAGACUCCUGCAUGGACGGCACUUUACGUAUAAAAGCAUCACGGGUGACAUGGCCAUUACUUUCGUCUCCACGGGAGUGGAGGGUGCCUUUGCCACGGAGGAACACCCUUACGCUGCUCACGGACCCUGGUUACAAAUUCUGUUGACUGAAGAGUUUGUAGAGAAAAUGUUGGAAGACUUAGAAGACUUGACUUCUCCAGAGGAAUGCAAACUUCCCAAAGAGUAUAGCUGGCCUGAAAAGAAGCUGAAAGUCUCAAUCCUUCCCGACGUGGUGUUUGACAGUCCGCUGCACUAGCCCGGGCUGGGCCCUGCAGGAGCCAAGGCAGAGCCCGGCCACUCCUGGUGACUUCCGCUGCAAAAACUGGGUAAGAGAGGUCCCACCAGCAAAAGGACCAGUGUGAAGAUGACCAUGCAGCCAGCGCACCUGCAGCUUGGUGGGAUGCCCUGCACAGACCCCCGGCCCCCCACCUCUUCUGCAGUUCAGAAGCUUCAUGCCCCAGGUGGCUAGACCCUGAUCCCACUGGGCCUCAAACAGGCCAAGGCAAGCCUCCCUACUCUGCUGUCGCCCCAGGUUCUGCUUUGACUCUGGAACCUUCAGUGUGCUCCUUGCCAUGCAGCGUUGGAGAAGGGAGAUGGAGUGGCCCAGCGGGUGUGCACUGCCCAGCUCAACUGGGACACCUUAGGAGGCCAGCUUGUUUGGCCAAGAACAAGCCACCUACUCAUGGUUGGUCUUCUCCCUCCUUAUUUUAUUUUGUAGAACCCGAAUGGUAUUUUAUUGCUCUUCAGAGAGAUCUUCAGAAGUCAUGUACAUAAUGUUUUUGAAACAGAACUUUAUUCCCAGAUGAACUUUCUCAUUCUCAGACGGGAGCCUGGGGCCAUGUCUCUCCCUGAGCCACCACUGGAGAAGGUGCGGGUGUUUGCCUGCCAGCCCAGGGCCCUGGUGGAGCCAGCCUCACAGAGAGGCUUUUCUUCCCAGCUGGGCCUGGUGGAGCCUGGGGCAGGGGGCAAGCUGAGGCACUCCCCCAUGCAGCCUUGAGCUGAGUUUAGCUGAGGCCAGGGAGGGAGGAUGCUGGCUCCUCAGCAGACUGGGUGCCUCCAGAGCCCGAGAACUGUCAGCGCUUCAGAGACUCAACCAGGCCUGUCUGGGGCAGGGGGACUCCUGGCCACACAGAACAUCCCCGCCUACCACUCAGGACCUGGCUUUCCAGUGCUUGGCCUCCCUUGUCGAAUCACCUCAUCCCCUAGGCUCUCCUUCUAGGCUGCAAUACUCUAGCUUACUGAAAACAGGAGAAUCCUAUCUCUCUGAUUUUGCAAACACUGCAACCUUCCACACUCUUAUUCCCCCUACUCCAUCCAUUUCUCAUCUUUCACCACCACCUCCUCACAACCCUCACUCCUUGACUUGUACUGUGCAUGGCCUCUCACGGUUCUCAGUCUCUGACUCCUAACACUGCAGGUUUCAGUCUUCCUUCCUAAUGCCUGUAUAUCCCUGGCCCAGGGUUUGGAGUUAGUUCCUUUUGAGUCAUUUUCCCCUUCUGGCCUGAAAUUGGCAACCCUCUUUUGCAUUAUCCCUCCCUUGGACCCCAGGGACUGAUUGCUGCUUCAGGGUCAUCCUUCAGACCUUUCCAAAGCAGAGUCAUUUUGCCAGUCAGGGAACAUUACUGCAGACACCAUUCCUUACUCAUCUGCCCCUGCCACUUAUACAGGCACCACCAGAGGUGCCACAGGACACCCACGGGGUGAAGUGAGAGGUCCAGCCAGAGAGCUGCUUCCAAGGACUGUGAGGGUGGUGGCUGGGCAGGAGCUGGAAUUUCAGUGGGGCCACCAGAGCCUGUCCCCUUUGCUGCACAUACCCUUAGGGCUACCCAGGUAGCUACACUAAACUCAGAGCUUCAGGGCUGGUUAGCCCGGAGCAUUGGGCGACGCUGGGCCCACCAGCCAGGAUGGAAGCCUCUCUAGAUGAUGUCAGCACUGUGCCUUCUGCUCUGAAAGACUUUCCUAGAACCGUCACCACUACCCCACCUUUGAAGCUCUUUUCUUCUGAUAUUUCACAGCUAGGAACCUGCUAUCAGCUUGCCUCCUUUCCUGUCUGCCCCAGCCUGCCUCUCCCGUUCUUUCUGGGCAUCUGCCCUGUUUGUGGAGGGAUGUUAAGGGGUGAGUUUUCUGAUCUGAUCUUUGACAUUAAUAUGGGAGGCAGGAGGGAAGCAAGUGAGCUCUGAGUCACUGAGCCCAGGAAUACUGGGGCCAGGCCUCCACCUGGUCAGCUGGUGGGGUCCCCUCCCAGAGGCUUCUUAAGGAAAGGGGUUCUCCAUUGAGCUCCUAGCUGGGGAGAGGAGCCCCUCACUGAGGGUAAAUGUCCAGCACAGCCCCUGAAAUAUGGUCUGUGUUCACUCAGUGCACCCCCUCCCUUCCCUACCUCAUCCUUCUCCCCUUGCAGUUCUUAGGAGCCCAGACCUCAGUGAAUUGAGGUGAGAAUCCCUCCUCCCUGAAUCUGCCUCUUCUGUGGGCUUCCAUGAGGCUUGUCUAUCGCUUCCCUUUAGGUCCUGGUGCUGGAGCUUCUGGGAGGAAAGCCCCCCCCCCCGUUGGCCCAUUGCCUUUGCAGGGGUGGGAGUGGGUGCACAGGGCACGGUAGGCUCAUGCAAGGUCUUGAGUCUGACCUGGAGCUGGUUCGUCUUGGCCUUCCUCUUACAAAGCUUCAAGGUAGGAAUGGGUGAGCCGGGGGGUGGGGGUCCCGAAAGAGCUAGAGAAUUUUCAAAAAGAAACACAGGGUCUUGGGGAUUGACCUGACAGCAGGGAAAAACCUAGAGGUCGGUGCCCCUGUGGGGCAGACCAGUAGAGAAAUAAUCCUUUGACUAUUUUUUUACCCAAUUGUCCUUCUCAGGCCUCCAGGUCCUCCAUGCCAGGUGAGGUACCUGGGUUGCUGUAGAGAGAUGCCUUUUGUACAAGUUCCCAAAUGCUGCAACCAGCAGACUUUUGUAAACUUUUAUAUUAGUUUCUAAUGCCAGUGACAACUCAGUUCCUGGGGGCUGCAGCCAGCCUGGGACUUUUGUAAGAAUUGUUUUGUGUGACUCACGUAGACGUUUCCUUUUGCCCCUCUUCCUGUGUAAUCUAAGUGCAUUAAACGUAUUUGCAGAUGUG